CAUUACGGCUCGCAGCUCGCAUUCCUCCACAGUCACACGGCUGCACGGCACUACUUUCUAUUUUGCGGUCUGGUGGGUGCCUCUAGUUCACUUCCUGCUGGAUUCGCGAACCGUGCCGUCCGAGACAUGGAGUCGUCCGAGAGCUGCACGGACAUUAGCAAUCUGGAGACCAUGCUGGCCAAGAGCUUGACUUUGGAGGACACUCCAAAUCCGACCACGGCCGAGGACAUUCUCACCACCAUCACCAACUACUUUCGAGAGCUUAGGGCCGUGUGCGCGAAAGGGAAAGUGUUCCAGGAUGCGGUGGCCGAGUCGAACAUCAUUAAGCACUCGACCGAAAUCAUCCAGAAACUGCUAAACGACCCCAGGUGCCUGCAGUACGAGCGAGUGCUCGUCUGCAUCCGGGUCGGAGUGCAGUUCUUUGGAAACUUCGUCGUGGACAAUGACCACACAAGGAGCCUCAUGUGGAACAGUAACAAGUCCCUCUUAAGGGAGCUUCUGAACCUGAGCGACGUGCGGGCCGCUAAUUUCACAGCCAUGGUCGUCUACAACAUUUUCAAAGGGAACACCGCUAUUCCUUACACGGAGGUUACUCACAUUUUCCCAAUGAUUUUGAGUCUGGCAGCUAAGGAGUCGGAAUUUGCUCUCUUCUGCGUGGAGCACCUGAUCAGCUGGCCAGGGUUCGUGUCGCAGGUGUACCCAGUACUGGGGGUGGGUGAGCGGCUCUUCCUUCUGGAGGUGUGCCGUGAGUUGACCGGCAAGGGAGCCCACCUGCCCGCUGACACGGCGAUGCUGAUUGCGAGCGAGUUCAAGAAGAAGGCGGACAUCAUCUUUGUGGCGCACAACGGCCUGCCGACGCCCGACCCAUCAGAGUCAGCUGCUCUGCUCGAAGCUGUGGCCACCGCCUCCGGGAUCGUCGGCUCGGAUGGCGCAGCCAAGCUGCAGCAGGAUGGCGCGCUGCUCACCAGCGCCGUCUUCCUGCUGCGCGGCAUCCACGCGUGCAUGUCUGUCGAGGACAAGCUGAGCGCGUUUGACGCGCGCGGAGAAAAGGUGCAAGAACUGCGCCAGAGCCCCAUGUACGGUUUCAAGGCGCAACUCGUCCGCCUCAUCGGCAACCUCUGCUACAGGAACAAAAUCAACCAGGACAAAGUCAGAGACAUGGAGGGAGUGCCGCUUUUGCUGAACUGCAGCCGCCUUGACGCUUGCAAUCCUUUCAUUACCCAGUGGGUUGUUCUAGCAAUCCGCAACAUCUGCGAGGGCAACGCAGAAAACCAAGCCUUAAUCGCCUCUCUCGCCCAGGAAGGAGACCAGAUUCUUCAGGGAGGGGCCGUCCGAUUGAACCCUGAUGCCAACGGUGCCAUGCGAGUCAGCUUUGUUGAGUCAUCCGAUUAGCCUUUGGUUCGAUAAAAUCUUAUUUUAAUAUGUGGUAGUAUGUGAGCCCGGUAGAAUAUCUGGCAACCCUAAAUGUGACACAAUGGAGAAUCAAAAAGCACUCAGCCCUUAAAAAGCAGUUCCUUCCCUGUUCAGGGUUCAAACAAAGAACCUGAGCCUUCUAGCACGUCCAAAAGCGGGGCGUGACAGUUUCCCCCAAAAUAUUUAAUCAAGUCACAAAGCUGUAACAACCUGCUGCUGUACCAUGCUUUAAACUUGAAGCAACCAUGUGUUCCUUUUGUUACCAUGAAAUUGUAAAAUAAACACUACUUGAUUCUC